UUUUUUUUGGCAAGUCAGAUCCCUUUUGUCUUUUGUUUUUUCUUUAAUCCCACAACCAUAAGCAUUUUUUUUUUUUAAUAUGAAUAGUGUUGAAGUAUUUCUAUAGUAUAAACUUUUUUUUUUACAUGUUUUUCGUUUUAAAUUUAAUCUUUAUUCAACACACAUUAUGAUGUAUACAAAAGAACACUACUCCUUUAUCAUAAAAUAAAACUUGAAAAAACUUGGACUUCAACACUCAUAUUCGUUAAAAACAAAAAUUCUUCUAAAUUUCUUUUUGUAUCCCUCCUUUUAACACAAUUACCCCUUUAGUAUAUCUAGUGUCGUUAUUUUGUAUGUUGGUUUACUAUAAGAAGUUUAUAUAAAUGUUUAGAUAUUUGUCUUUUCUUUUUUUUUAUACUAUAUCGUUUUUCUUUAUUCAAAAAGUGCUAAUUCUAUUUAACAAUUCAUCAAUAUGCAUUUUACUACUUGUAUCCUAUACUCUUUUCUAUUCGCUUUAUCCUUGACUCUCUUAGUUCAUGCGACUACAACUAAAACCUUUCUUGAAAGUCUCCAAAUGAAUAAUAAAAAUAAUGAUGAUAAAGAUCUUUUAAGAAGAAUGAAUGAAGAUACUGGUUUUUCUUUUACAGCAGAAAAGAGAUCAUUAAGAACACGCAGUAGAAUAGCACGCACUAUGAAGCGCAAUGGAUCUCUGUUACCUGAUAUUGUAUUCCCCUCAAUCACAACUCAAAAGCCUCAGGCAGCAGCUCCACAACAACAACAACAACAAGCUGUAUCCUAUUAUCCAUAUUCUCUUGUCACCCCACAGUAUCAAACGUAUCCUUCUUCUGCUAAUACGGCUCUGUAUUAUUCACCUCCAGCUAAUGCUAAUAAUAACCCUUCUCCUCCAAUAACACAAAAUUCAGUACCUUCAUAUGUGGCUCCUCUUACUUCUGCGAAAAACAAGAAAAAAAAGGAGGAGGAGGAGGAUGAUGAUGAUGAAGAGGAGGAAGAUGAAGAUGAAGAGGAUGAAGAGGAUUAUGAUGCAGAUGAUUUAGUAACUCGUCGUCGUUAGUCCUUCAUUAUUUGUUUCCUUCAUCUCACUAUCCUCUAGUUACACAACAUUCAUUAUAAUAACAAUAAUAGUAAUAAAAAUAACAGACUUUGUACUUUAUGUCAUGUAUCGUAUAAUAGGACUGCUUAUAUCAACAAUUUUUUUUUUUUUUUUUU